CCCUUGCCCAGGCCCGCCCCCUGACCCCCCUGCCAGCUUGGAGGACAGGGCGGACUGUCCAGUGGGCACUGUCCUGCCCCAGGCCCUGGGGGGGGGCCGCUUGCAGAGCCAGGCUUCCCGCUGGUGGGCUCCGCCAGCUCGCGUGUGCCGAUGGGCUGAGUGGGGCCGGGUUCCGGCUGAGGAGCUUCUAGAGGGGCUGGGGACACGCGCAGCUGCUGGGCGUCGCUCUCCAGGGAGAACCGCUGUGCCUGUCCGCAAGGGCUCCUGUCCAGCCGCCGCCUCCAUGCAGCCCUCCACCUGUGCCCCGGUGGUCGCUGUGUACUUGCUGUUGGCCAGAGAGUGCCUGCCGGCCAAGGGGCUGGGCGAUGGGCCGCCUCGGGCCUCCCCCGUGGGCCCCGGGGGCUGAGUUUGCGCCCACGGUUCCGACAGGGCCCUUGAGCAAAUGCCACCUGACCCUUCUCUCCCUUUGGUCCUCAACUGCAGCUCUGAGUGUCCCCUCAUCUUCGUGUCCACUCAGCACGUGGCCGGAAGGUCGGUGAGGAUCAAGCAGGAUCCUCUUCCAGAUCCCAGGAAUCCGGGGCCUUUAAAGGGACCUGUUGAGGAGAAACGUCCUUCCCCUGGCUUUCUGCAGUGAAGCUGGUGGCACAGGUUGGAGGGCCCGAUGGCUGCGGAGUCCCGGCCCCGCGCUCCCAAACCCAAGAACCCGGACCUCGCCACCACCGGCGGGGCUGCCGCUCAGGGGCAGUGGGGCCGCGCCUGCAGGGGAGGGGGGGCCCUGGGGCUGAACAAGCCCCGCCACCCCCAGGCCACAGCCCCCAGAGCCAGAGCGCUUCUGCAGGAAGCAGCCGACCCCCAGGGUCCCGCCCCUCGGUGCCUCCAUCCCGGGCCGGGCCGGGCCGGGCCGGGCCACGGGGUCAGCUCCGCCUCUGCCCAGGUGUUCCUGUUCACGGCGCUUCCCGACUUCUGCCACCGGCUCCUGCCCGGCUACGUGGGCGGCGUUCAGGAGGGCGCCGUGACACCCUCAGGGGCCGUGAACAAGUACCAGGUGAACGGCCUGCAGGCCUGGCUCAUCACGCACCUGCUCUGGCUCGCCGGCGCCCACCUCCUCCCCUGGUUCUCCCCCACCAUCAUCUUUGACAACUGGAUCCCGCUCUUCUGGUGCGCCAACUUCCUGGGCUACGCCGUGUCCACCUUCGCCAUGGUCAAGGGCUACUUCUUCCCCACCAACCCCGAGGACUGGUGCGUCCCGCAGCGGCCGUCGGCCCCAACCGGGGGUGGGGAGCCCGGACCACGGCCCUCCACUGGGGGGCCGAGGACCCCAGCUCCGCAUUCGGGGGGCCCGGCGAGCCACGGCGACGCCCCUCUCGCCCUGCAGGGUCUGUACCUGGUCUACCACCCCGUGCAGCUGUCCGCCCCCCACGCCCUGGGCGUCCUGCUGCUGGGCCUGGUGGGCUACUACAUCUUCCGGAUGACCAACCACCAGAAGGACCUGUUCCGGCGCACGGACGGGCGCUGCCUGAUCUGGGGCCGCAGGCCCCGGGCCAUCGAGUGCUCCUACAGCUCGGCCGACGGCCGGCGGCACCGCAGCAAGCUGCUGGUGUCGGGCUUCUGGGGCGUGGCCCGCCACUUCAACUACACGGGGGACCUGAUGGGCAGCCUGGCCUACUGCCUGGCCUGCGGCGGCGGCCACCUGCUGCCCUACUUCUACGUCGUCUACAUGGCCGUCCUGCUGACCCACCGCUGCGUGCGGGACGAGCACCGCUGCGCCCACAAGUACGGCCGGGACUGGGCGCGCUACACGAACCUCUGUGGGGACAACGAACUGCCCCUCCCGUGGCAAUCGGGCUUCGUGGGCAGGACACCGCCCUGCCACGGCGGCCCUGCUCUGGCCACGAACACGCCUCUGGUCUGUGACUGCGGCUCGGGCUUCAGCAAGGUGGGCUUCGCGGGCAUGGACGCGCCCCUGGUCGUGUUCCCCACCAUGCUCGGGAGGCUCCGGCACAACGUGAGUGACCACGUCCUCCCAGCGGCACCGGGCCCCCCAGCCCCCCCACGCCGCGGGGGCCCGCAGAGCCCGAGAGCUGUGGCCGUGACGAGCGGCGAUGCCGGGGCGCUGGCGGUGCAAACCCAGAGGCCCAGGCCCAGCCGGACGGCGGCUGACGGGGCUGCGGUGGCCAGGCCGCGCUGGGCUUGGGCCGUGACGCGAGCGGGAGACACCCGGGAGCCGGCGCACACAGCCGCCGCGCCCCUCCAGGACGCCCUCGCCCUGGGGCCCGCGCUCUGCUCCUCUCCAGCCUCCCGCUCGCCCUCUGCACGCAGCCGGCGGCAUGGCUGUGGUGACCGUGUCAGCCUCGUGCUGGGCGCAGACGCUGACCCCAUGCCCAGCAAGCAGGUGGGGCUGCAAAGUAGGCUGCAGGUGCGGGAUCACCGCAAAGACACGGUGACCAAGAUGGACAGCGAGGACAGUGCCCAGCUCCGCCACUAG